AUGGAGCCAUUAAAAAAAUCUAAGGAACUCACAGAUGGAAAUGUUAUAAAACGAAGCACUUCUAAUAUAGUGCCCUCUUGCUUCCUUAUUCUGAAAAAAGAUAGAGACUUGAGAUUUAUCGUCGAUUACCAAAGACUAAAUUCAAAUACAAUAAAGUCUUUAUAUCCAAUUCUCCGUUUAUUCGACCAAAUUUAUUCUCUUAAAGGUCUGUAUUUUUCUUUAAAAUAG